CCUGCUUGCUAUGCGCCGCAGUUAAAAGAUCACGUGAGAUCUUGGCCUGCACAAUUGCACGCAUAGAUGGGAUAUUUUAAUAUAUAUGAAAAUACAGUUUAAAAUCCUAUUGUAAUAUGUAACCGGUGUUCUGUCAGACUGUUGUUGCGUGAAAUCCGUAUGAGUUGAUUAGAUACAUUAAAAAUAGCAUACUAUCGGAAUAGGUGUGGUUUGAUCAUCUGACAAGGAAGAGGUUGCUGCUACUAGAAUGAGGUUCCGGUUUUGUGGAGACUUGGACUGCCCUGAUUGGGUUUUGGCUGAAAUCAGCACCUUGGCUAGAAUUUCCUCUGUUAAGCUGAAGUUGAUCUGUGCUCAAGUUCUGAAGGAGCAGCUGGGGGAGAAGAUUGAUUAUGAAAAGAUCUUGAAGUUGACAUCAGAUGCUCGCUUUGAGACUGGUGAUAUAAAAGCCACUGUUGCUGUUUUAUGCUUCAUCUUAUCAAGUGCAGCAAAACAUAAUGUGAGCAGUGAAAGUCUCUCCAGUGAGCUACAGCAGCUGGGGCUGCCCAGAGAACAUGCAGUUUCUCUGUGCCGGUCUUAUGAAGAAAAACAGAAUUCUUUGCAGGAGACCUUAAGGGAAAACAGCCUACGCUUAAACCGUGUAUCCUCGCUGAGCUGGCGUAUAGACCAAACACUGAGUUCCAGUAUUAUUCAACAUGUGAACGAGCCUCUCGUGCAUCUCAAUCUGAACAUGACUGAUCCCAACAGUUCAAGGCCUCUCGCUGUUACUUUGUCUGCCACCAAACUAAGAGUAUUGCUGACAGAGUUAAAGCAGGCUCUAGAAAUGAUGAACUCCCUCAACUGAGACAGAUUGGUGCAGUGCAAGUCUGAGACCGCUAUGUUACCAACACCUAGGCACACGGUCUCGUGUUUAAUAAACUCUGCUGUGCUUCAGCUUGUAGACAACUAUGGUGUCUAAAUAAUUCAUAAUGAACAUCCCAGCAUUACCAGUUUCAUGAGCAUGUGAUGCCACGUGCAGAAAAAUGUGUCACAACAGCAGCGCAAGCUAGAGAUUUGUUUAAUGGAAAUGGCAAGAAUUGUGCCAACCCGUGUUUAAUUUGCCUUUAGUGAAUAAGUUCAUCUUGUUUCCUAUAGAUAUACACUUAUUUCAGUAACCCCCCCCAUAAAUCUGAGCAGCAAGGAUGAUACAACUAUUUAUCUUGUAUAGUUACCUAAGAAUUAUAUACUAAACUGGCAAAUUGUGUAUAGAAGAUAAGAAUGUAUUGCACUAUUUUAUGUGUUCAGAAUAAAAAAAAAUUUUUUUUAGUUAUGAAUUCCAAAGGAUUCACUACAUUAUAAAUGUUUUAAAAGCAUUUAUAAUAUGCAUUGAUUUCCAGGCAUCCUUUGAAAAAAACACUUUAAUAUUUAUUUUACUUUCUUGGCUGAAGCCAGUGAUAAACCAAUAAAUGUGCAGCAUGUCCGGGUUCUGCAUUCCAUGGAAUACACUCUGGCCUUUCUCUGUUUUUAAAUUACUGAUAAAGGAGGCAAAACAAAUAAUAAAAUAUCAUUGCAAAGGU